AAGAGGGUGCAGUGCGCAGAGGCAGCCCUGCCCUCAGGCAAUGCCAUGGAGCCCUUGUUCCUGGCCCCUGUGUCCAGCUGGAAUGCUUCCUUGGCAGCCACCUGGGGAGGCAGUGACAACGAGACUUUGGCAGGGCAGGCAGCCAAGGCAGGGGCCCGGGCGGUGCUGGUGCCUGUGUUAUACCUGCUCGUGUGCACCGUGGGGCUGGGCGGUAACGCGCUGGUCAUCUAUGUGGUGCUGCGCCACGCCAAGAUGAAGACAGUCACCAACAUUUACAUCCUCAAUCUGGCAGUGGCCGACGUGCUGCUGCUGCUGGGGCUGCCUUUCCUGGCCACACAGAACGCUGCCUCCUUCUGGCCCUUCGGUCCCUUUCUAUGCCGCCUGGUCAUGACGCUGGAUGGCAUCAACCAGUUCACCAGUGUCUUCUGCCUGACCGUUAUGAGUGUCGACCGCUACCUGGCCGUGGUCCACCCACUGCGUUCCACCCGUUGGCGACGCCCACGGGUAGCCAAGCUGGCCAGCGCCGCAGUUUGGGCCUUCUCACUGCUCAUGGCACUGCCACUGCCAGUGUUUGCAGAUAUCCAGGAGGGCUGGGGCACCUGCAACCUCAGCUGGCCAGAGCCCGUCGGGCUGUGGGGUGCUGUCUUUGUCAUCUACACGUCCGUGCUGGGCUUCUUUGGGCCAUUGCUGGUCAUCUGUCUCUGCUACCUGCUCAUCGUGCUGAAGGUAAAGGCAGCAGGUGCACGUGCGGGCUGCCAGCGGCGGCGGCGAUCAGAGCGCAAGACGACACGCAUGGUAGUGGUGGUGGUGGCUGUGUUUGCGGGCUGCUGGCUGCCUUUCUUUGCCGUCAACCUCGUCAACCUGGCCAUUGCCCUGCCUGAGGAGCCUGCCUCCGCUGGCCUCUACUUCUUCGUGGUCAUCCUCUCCUACGCCAACAGCUGCGCCAACCCCAUCCUCUAUGGCUUCCUCUCUGACAACUUCCGCCAGAGCUUCCGCAAGGUCCUGUGCCUCCGCAAGGGCUAUGGCACUCAGGAUGCAGAUGCUGCAGAGCCACGGCUGGACAAGAGUGGGCAGCCACGGGAGGCCCCGCUGCCCCCAAGUAGCCCCGAGGCCAGGGGUCCCGUGCAGACCAGCAGGCUAUGAAGCACCCCUGUCACUACCCCAGGAUGUGGGGCUGCAGUGUGAGGACAGAGCUCCUGGGCUAAGGGUGGACACAGCACAGCUGGUGUCCUGCAGUGAUACCUAUCUCCCCACCCACCUGUCCUGGGCAUGACGGGCUCCCCAGCAUCUUGGGGGGUCGGGGGGCUAGGCCAUGCCCACAGUGUUGAGGGCCUCUCAGCUCCACUCUGCCCAUGUUGGCCGUCAGCCUCCCCAGCUGGAGGAGACUUUUCCUGUAGGCUGCUGGGCGAGAGCGUCUUCCUGACCAUCGAUGUGAGCUGGCAGCCUGCCUACCCAUGGCCCUGCUGCAUGUGCUCCUCAUUUGUCAGCCCUGUGUUACCCAGUCACUGUCCCAGUGCUACUCUGUGAAAUUAAA